UGACGGAAACCUUGAAAAAAAAAACCUAGAGUAAUUCCGAUAUAAUAGAACAUGAUAUAUAUAAAUAACAUCUCUUUCUUUCUCUUUCUUUCUUUUUUUCUUCUUCUCCUUCUCUUUCUUUAGAAUGAAGCAACAAGAUUUAGCUGCUAUUCAACGUCCAUAUCAAUGCAAUUUCUGCUAUAAAUCAUUUUAUCGUUUAGAGCAUAAAGUGCGACAUGUGAGAACACACACUGGAGAAAAACCUCAUAUAUGCACAUAUCAACAGUGUGACAAACGAUUUGCUCGUUCUGAUGAGCUAAGUCGACAUGUACGUGUUCACACUGCACCUUCUUCUGUCCUGUUACAGCGAAAAAGAAAGAUACGCAAAUUCAAUUCAAACAAAUCAAGGUCAACAGACGAUGAAGAGGCCUAUCUAAAACAGCAACAACACUGCUCUAUCUUAAGGUUUAUUCAUCCCACUGCUGUACAUACUAUCCAAAAGGAUAAACCAACAAGAUCGAGUCCUUAUAAACAACCUGUAAAUAACAACCUUAACCAUUGUCCAGCUCAUGGCUGCUAUAAAUCGUUUUGGCGAAAAGGGCAAUUGACAAGACAUAUUGAAAAACAACACCCAACAUUGUGUGAUAUGGAAUCAAAUGCGUCAUUGUCAUCUGAUGAAGAAACCUUGCGUUCACCCAAACAAGAAGUAGAAACAUCGUUUGGUUAUUGUUUACCGCCAUUGGAUGAGGAUCAGUGGCAUCAGCAAACAUUUCGUUUACCUUCCAUUAAAUCCUUAUUAUGCUAAUAACAACAAUAAUAAUAAUAAUAUUUAUUUAUUUUUUAAUGAUGAUAA